AUGCCCGCACGGCCUCCUUCUCUUCCUCUGAGAUCUCGCUACGUCCUCCGUUCGUUACAGCAUCGUCAGGCGUUCUCGACGCAGAACUCGCUCAGUGGCGACCAUGGUGACCAUUUCGAUCCGCCAACCGGAUGGCUCUGGGGGGUGAAGCCCGGACACAAAUACGUCAAGGAAGGAUGGGAAGGCCUAUGGACUUAUGGCUUUGUUGGUAGUUUGCUUGUUGCUAGUAUUGUGUAUUGUUUCAAACCUGAUACAUCGAUACAAACAUGGGCCCUGGAAGAGGCCAGAAGACGGCUAGAGAAGGAGGGCAUCCUUGAAGACCCCGACGCGAGAAAAGAGCAAUAA